CGGCUCCCGCCCGCACCAAAGGGCCGCAGGGGGUGCCCGGGGGAGCCGUGCCAGGCGCAGGGCAGGGAGGCCGCGGGGCCCGGCGCGCUCCCCACCCGCUGCCAUGAGCUCUCCUGCCCCCCGGCCCGGGUUGUUACAUCCCCUAUAAAAACCAGAGGCCGGGGAGGGCCUGACGGGGGGUCCGGGCGGUCGCUGCGGUGCCAUGGAGGCAGCGGAGGCCACGGCGAAGGCACUGCGGGCACCCAAGUGCUCCCGCUGCCGCAACCACGGCUUCGUGGUGCCCGUCAAGGGCCACGCCGGGCACUGCCGCUGGAAGCUGUGCCUGUGCGAGAAGUGCUCGCUCAUCUCCGAGCGGCAGAAGAUCAUGGCAGCCCAGAAGGCGCUGAGGCAGCAGGAGAUGGAGCCGCCGGCCAGGGCGGACGCGGAGCCCGUUCCGUCGGGCGAGGGCCGUGGGGCGGCUGCCCGGGAGGACGGGACCCCCGAGCACUGCAGCCACGAGAGGAAGAAGGGCGCCCAGCCCGACAGCGGCGGCAAGGGCACGGCAUGCUGGGGGCCACAGCCAUCUCCCUUCAGGGACGACGCUCAGCCUGCUUUUACUCCAGAAUACACUGUCAACCCAGAAUACCUGGAGAGAGAAAUCCCGAAAGUGUACCCGGGGUGUUCUGGGGUAUAUCCUUACCACCCAUUUUCCCUGGGAUUUGCCAUCAAUGAGUCAAGCAAUGGGGAAGCACCAUCACCUCCAGGGAUAUCACUUCAGAGAGGAUUUCGACACAUUCCUAGCAGCUAUGUGCCAGGGAAUGCAACCACUGUAUCAGUUCCAGAUGGAGCUGGAGAUUUCCCUCAAGGAUAUUACACUCCUCUGCGUCAGUUCAUCCCACCAGGUUUUCUGACAGGGAUUCAUUACAUCCCAGCUCCGGUUUCACUGAACAUCCUGGCUGAAACAACCAAGGAAGUACAUGCUACUGAAGCUGACAGUGAGGAUUCCAGGGUGGUUCAUGAAUGUGGCCAACCUCCUUCUUCCCCAGAAUAAACAAGAAGAGACCAAUCUGUAUAUUAUACACAAUAAAUGGGCUGGAGAAGAGCUGAGAGCAGGCAGCACUGUUUCCAUUUCUGAGUGUUAGUUAAUGAGGGUAGAGUGACACUUAAUCACUGAGCAGUCACAACAGCUAGAAGGGGAUUAGUCCCCUGCCUCACUUUAUGAUCAAUGUUCGAGCUACCAGGCUCACAGCUCUGCCUCCCAAGCACUACAAAGCCCAUGUUCCUAAAAGGUUUUCCAGUGGAAGCAACAAAUGAUUAUGACUCUGAAUUUGUUCCUCUGCUGAGGUUACCUGGCUCCCAGACCAUGGUCUCUGAGCCAUGUGCACUCUGCAGCAUUUUCAUGUUCAUGACAGUAGUCAGAAAGAUGUUGUUUGUAUCAGUUUGCUAUAAAGGAAAUCUGGUUCUGAAUGUUAAAGAGUUCGAUGAUGUGGAGCCUGAAGACUCUGUGAGAGAGGAGGAGAGGACAGCCUGGGUUGCUGAUGCACUUGGCUGCCUAAGAAGGUGCUUGAGCAGGGCAGGGCAGGGUGGGUGCUGUCUGGAAGGACAGGAAUGUGUUGAAAGGCCUGGUGCCUCCUCAUUGUUUCUGGGUCCUUUAAGGCACGUGCUGUGUGGGCUAGGGACAAAGUUAUUUGGAAUCACCUCUUGUCACACAGGCUUCACAUCUGACAUUUUGAAUGUCCUUGAUGAUUUAUACAUGAUUUCAGUGUUGUUUAACUCAGGACAGCUGAAACUGAGCAGUACUGUUUGUUUCUAAAGGGCUCUUGUAGACAGUUUUACACGUGUGUACUGCAAGUGCACUGUGGCGUAGCCAAGGUGUGGAGAGAUUUGCCCAGGACAAAACACCAGUUACAAUAAUAAUUAGUCAAAUCCAUCCAUACUAUCUUUGUCAGUGAUAAUCUUUAACUAAAAAUGAAUGGUAUAUUCCUCUACUAUUUUUCCUGGAUUAAUUGGUUUUGUAUCAAGUGGAUCAGUUGUUAAUGUUUGAAUAAUUGGGGUGGGACUUUUGUAUAAUUAAAAAAGAUGCAUUAAACUGUUGUUAUGGUUUGA